AUGAGAGCAGCACAUGGAGGAAAGAAUGAGAGUAGCACUUGGAGGUUUAACACCUCACCCUCGCGCCACAGCGCACAAACAACCAUACCGACGACCAUACCAACAACCAUACCGACGACCAUACCAACAACCAAACCGACGACCAUACCAACAGUCAUACCGACGGCCAUACCAACAACCAUACCGACGACCAUACCAACAACCAUACCGACGACCAUACCAACAACCAUACCGACGGCCAUACCAACAACCAUACCGACGAUCAUACCAACAACCAUACCGACGACCAUAACAACAACCGUACCGACGAUCAUACCAACAACCAUACCGACGACCAUAACAACAACCGUACCGACGAUCAUACCAACAACCAAACCGACGACCAUACCAACAAUCAUACCGACGGCCAUACCAACAACCGUACCAACAACCAUACCAACAACCAUACCAACAACCAUACCAACAACCAUACCAACAACCAUACCGACGGCCAUACCAACAACCAUACCGACGAUCAUACCAACAACCAUACCAACAACCAUACCGACGACCAUACCGACGACCAUACCAACAACCAUACCAACAACCAUACCGACGACCAUAACAACAACCAUACCGACGACCAUACCAACAACCAUACCGUCGACCAUACCAACAACCGUACCGACGAUCAUACCAACAACCAUACCGACGACCAUAACAACAACCAUACCGACGACCAUACCAACAACCGUACCGACGAUCAUACCAACAACCAUACCGACGACCAUAACAACAACCGUACCGACGAUCAUACCAACAACCGUACCGACGACCAUAACAACAACCAUACCGACGACCAUAACAACAACCAUACCGACGACCAUACCAACAGCCAUACCGUCGACCAUACCAACAACCGUACCGACGAUCAUACCAACAACCAUACCGACGACCAUAACAACAACCAUACCGUCGACCAUACCAACAACCGUACCGACGAUCAUACCAACAACCAUACCGACGACCAUAACAACAACCGUACCGACGAUCAUACCAACAACCAUACCGACGACCAUAAAAACAACCAUACCGACGACCAUAACAACAACCAUACCGACGACCAUACCAACAACCGUACCGACGACCAUAACAACAACCGUACCGACGAUCAUACCAACAACCAUACCGACGACCAUACCAACAACCAUACCGACGACCAUAACAACAACCGUACCGACGACCAUAACAACAACCAUACCGACGAUCAUACCAACAACCAUACCGACGACCAUAACAACAACCGUACCGACGACCAUAACAACAACCAUACCAACGACCAUACCAACAACCAUACCGACGACCAUAACAACAACCGUACCGACGAUCAUACCAACAACCAUACCGUCGACCAUAACAACAACCGUACCGACGACCAUACCAACAACCAUACCGACAACCAUACCGACGACCAUGAUUAAUUUAUUGUUGAGUAGAGAUAACUUCUUGUAUCACUGA